CGCCGGGCCCCGCCUCCCGCGGUCCCAGUCGCUUUGGCGCGAACCUUCAGUUCGCGGGUGCUCGCUCCGCCGCCGCCAGCAUGAGUCUGCCGCGCCCGCAGCGCCGACGUUGUUCAGGAAGGAAAAACUUCACAGCAUUCCGAAAUACAAAACUGAUCCCCAUGGAAACAUCCUCAUCCUCCGAUGACAGUUGUGACAGUUUUGGUUCUGAUAAUUUUGCAAACACGAAAUGCAAGUUUAGGUCGGAUAUUGGAAAAGAACUGGCCAAAAUUUUUCAUGAAGCGUCUGAUGAUGAAUCGUUCUGUGGCUUUUCAGAAAAUGAGAUUCAAGAUGCAUUGAGAUUGGAAUCGGAUUCAGAGGAGAAUGAUUCAAAUGCUGAAAGUGAGAUGGCUCAGAGAAGGCAGAAAUGCCCUAUUCCUUUAAAGGUAGCCAUGAAGUUUCCACCUCGAAGGUCAGAAAGGAGGAAGGGUGAGAUGGAACCUCUUGCUGAAAAGCUGAUGCCUGCUCCAGAUUCAGACUCUGACUCUGAAGAAAACGGUGCCAUGUUUCUGGAAAAGAGAGCUUUAAACAUAAAGGAAAACAAAGCAAUGCUUGCAAAACUAAUGGCUGAGUUGCAAAAUGUUUCUGGUAUCUUUGGCGGGAGAAAAUCGUUGCCAACUGUCAGUCAUGGACCAAAGCGACUUCCAAGGCGUUCAGUGCCAAGAAGUGCUUUGAGGAGGAACCCAGACCGAAGUUCUCGGCCUCACACAAGAUCCAGGUCGCUGAUUGAAGGUCCUCCUACUCUUUUACAAGAGGAGGAAGAUGAUGACCCAUAUGUCUUAGUGAGAAGAAGAAAGAUGUCUGAUGAAUACUUGGAGCAUGAAGCCGGAACUCCCAGGAGGGGUCACCGUGGUGCCAUGGCUUUUCCACAUGUUGUGCGCCCAGUUGAGGAGAUAACAGAGGAAGAGCUGUAUAAUAUUUGUGGGUCUGCAAGAGAGAAAGUAUAUAAUAGGGCCACAGGAUCUACCUGUCAUCAGUGUCGCCAAAAAACCAUAGACACCAAGACGAAUUGUCGUAACCCUGAUUGCAUAGGAGUGCGGGGCCAGUUCUGUGGGCCAUGCCUCCGCAAUAGAUACGGGGAAGAUGUCAGAACGGCGUUGCUGGAUCCGACAUGGAGGUGCCCACCAUGUCGUGGAAUCUGCAACUGUAGCUUCUGCAGACAGCGAGAUGGCCGAUGUGCUACAGGUGUCCUGGUCUAUCUGGCCAAGUACCAUGGCUAUGACAAUGUCCACGCCUACUUGAAAAGUCUGAAGCAAGAACUUGGAAUGGAAGACUGAAGCCAUGAUUGCCUUCAAAUUACGUACUCUUUCACCAAUGUCCUAUUAUUGCCUACAGUGAAUUGUUUAAUCAAAUGCGAUUACAAAGCCAGUGCCUUCCUUCCCUUCCCUUUUGGAUAAAAAAGGAUAAAGAACUUUUACAUAUCUCAGUACAUAUCUCAGUUUUUCUUGGGAAAACUGUUUAAUGAAGGUGUCUGCCAACAGGCCAUUGUUUUCUUUUUAAACAACUUUGCAAAUGAGAUAGCAUCAGUCCUUGCUUUCAUGCCAAUAACUUUCUUUUUUUUUUUUUUCCCUGAAAGGAGAUGGGGCUUUAAGCCAGUAGAGUUUUAUUCAUGCAGUGAGAUGUGCUGCAGGUUUAUUUAUGCUUUGAAGUUGAUCACAAAAAGGUAAUAGAUGUUCUGAAAAUUCAGGGCACUGUUCCCCACAGAACCAAGCAGUGAAAAGUACGUGCUUAACUCCAGGCCAACUUCUGCAAUACAGACUUACUGAACAUAAAUGAUCAAAUAAAAGCUAAGAAUUCUCUAAAAUAACAUGUUCUUAAGUUCAAAAAGGAAGCCCUAAAAGUUGCAGCUGAGCAGUCUCCAAGCACUAAUACUUGGUUUUAUAGAGUACUCAAAGUGCACAUUGGCCAUUUUAAGGGAGAUUCUCCAAGUGACUUAAAAAAUGCAGCAGAAACAGUUGGGGGUGACACUUUGUAUUUUUGUUUAGAGGAAAGGAGGCUGCUGCUAAAAGCUUCCACAGCACCAGCACUAGCAUUGCCUAGUGAUGACAGUGAUGUGAAUAUACUGGUGUACAUUGUGGAGUGACCGCUCUGUCUAAACCAAAAUGUACCCUUUGAUAAAUUGGGUUUGUGGGUUCUUUUCCUGCUCUUGCUGAAUCAGCACUGGUCCAGGGGAAGAGGAAUGCCUCCAGGGCCAGGGCUUGGUUAAGUAGAGGAGUAGUGGUUCAUGUCGCUGUUGGGCAACUGCAAAGUGGAUGAAAGAUGGUAACUUGUUGAAUUUGGUUCUCUGGAAAAGGAAUAAUGACAGGUCACGGGAGAGAGAUCACUGGAAUCUGAAGUCUGAUUUUUUUUUUUUUUUUUUUUUUUUUUUUUUUUUUAACCUCUAAAAAACCUAAAAGGCAUAGGCUUUCUAAGCAACAGUCCAGCUUAAAGUGAGGUAUUCUUCAGUUGCAUUGAGCAGCAUAAAUGUGAAUAGAUAGCACUCUCAGGAGACACCCUGGUUGUACCAACAGAUGAGGAAGAACAAUUGCCUCAUCAAAAAAGGCUUUUAAAAAGGGAGAUAUAACGGGUUGCAUACAAUUUGUGAGCACUUAAAAAUGCGGUUCAUGCUGCAGUCUCCUCCUUAACAAUCCAGCCAUAUUUUUGUAUCUGGAUCUGCAUGGUUGUAGGAUAUUUUGCGUGAUACUAAUGAAGCAUGAGUACAGCAAAAACUGUUAGAGCUGAAGUAUUCUAAUGUGCUGUGUGGAUAGGAUCUUGCAUACUCAGUGAUGCAGAAAAGAAGGUGCCAUGAAAAUUGCAUCCAGAGAAGCACAAGUGUAUAAAUGUGCUUAGUUUGGUUAUGGAAACUACUGUAUAAGCUUUGUAUAAGGUUUAGAAUGCAAUGUUAUAAAUAAUGUACAGUUGAAUAGCAGAAGACUCAACUUGCUUUUAUUGAGCACUAGAACAAUGCAUGGCUUUAGACUUCUCUGCUUGCACAGUAUUUGCACUGUGUAUAUACAUAAUGAUCCAUGGUUUAGACCUUUCUGAGAGUUCCAUCGGUGUGUAUGGGAGGGGAGGAGAGAGAAACUUGGAAACAAAAGAUAUUUAUAUCUCAGAAUUGCAGUUGUUUCGCAAAUCUCUGUCCUAUUGAAAAUCUCCUGUCCUUCCCUUGUUUUUACAGCGUGAAUAGCUGUGCAAUCUGAGGUGGAGAGGGCUCUACUCUCUAGGUACAUUUCAUGAAGAAGGAACUCUAGAAAUACAUGUUCUGACAGAUAAGAGCAAUUUAUUUUUUUCCCUCCUAAUUGCUGGUCUUGCCUUCUGAUUGCUAGAGUGUGAAAGGACUGUGCUAAAAGCAAACCCUUGCGUCAUAUCACGGAAACUGCUGUAUUUAGAUUUACUCAGAUCUACAAUGUUCUGUACAAAGUUUUAUUUUGAAAAUAAAAAUUUUAUGGGAUAGAA